UAUUAAUUUUGGUUGGAGACUUCACUUUUGGACUGAGCGUAAACUCAACGACGCACGAACUACUUUUCCAGUUCCAGACCCAACAACACGGGUAGCGCCAUUUCAACUCGGACUCGCAGCCGGAGAUCGGCGAUGGCCGCGGCCGGACAGCCUCUUUCCUCCGUCACCGGAACCGCUGCGUCGUCCGCUGAGGCUGCUCUGCCGCCUCCCAAGCCUUUCGAUUUCUCUUAUGAUUCGCAGCCGCCGAGGCUCGCUCUGUCGUCCGAUCAGCUUCGGUACUGCUCCGAAGCACUCAAGGUACUCAAGGAGAAGAAGUUUCAAGCUCCGGAAAAAAUCCGCCAGGAGUUCGGUACCUUACAGGCAAGUAGGAUGAGGGCUUCAGAUAUGAGGAGUAGAUGCUUAGUAGCUCUGGAUAGCAUAAACAUCAGCAAAAACCGUUAUACUGAUGUAUUGCCAUUUGACAGUAACAGGAUUGUUUUGAACCCAUGUAAAGACUACAGACAAUCAGCUAGGGGAUAUAUCAACGCGAGCUUGAUCACAAUUUCUGAACAUGUAUCUCGCUUUAUUGCGACACAAGGUCCGCUGCCAAACACCUUCGAGGACUUCUGGGAAAUGGUAAUCCAGAAUCGUUGUCCUGCAAUUGUAAUGCUUACACGACUGGUUGACAAUUACAAGACGGUGAAGUGUGGAGACUAUUUUCAGGCGGAGGAUGGCGUUAGAGAAUUUGGGAAUAUAUGCAUCACCACGAAAUGGAUAAAAACAACAGAUACUUCCUUAAUAUUGCGUUGCUUGGAGGUUAGCUACAAAGAGUCCGAAGAACCACCUUUGUCUGUCUUACACGUUCAAUAUGCUGAAUGGCCUGAUCAUGGAGUUCCGAAGGACACUCUUGCUGCUCGUGAAAUUGUGAAGCGGUUACAUACCCUGCCACCUAGUCUUGGGCCAAUUGUGGUGCACUGCAGUGCGGGUAUUGGUAGAACUGGAACCUACUGCGCAAUUCACAACACCAUCCAAAGGAUCCUACUUGGGGAUAUGUCCGCUUUAGAUCUUGUUAACACCAUCACCAUAUUUAGGUCACAGCGAAUUGGGAUGGUUCAAACAUUGGAACAAUAUCUUUUCUGCUAUGAUGCAAUUAUUGAGGAACUGGAAGACAUCAUCAAGGAAAACACUGGACAACCAAGCUCUUAAUUGAUUGAAACGACGUUCAAGUAGAAGUUGAAGCUUCUUCGUGGCCCAAUCGUGCCUUCUUCCCCUGGAAUGAAGCGAACAAGUUGAGCUGAAGAUGCGUUGUGUAUCAGUUUCGCGAAGUUCUGUCCAGUUCUGGGUCUGCUUGGCCAGAGACAUGAAACUGUGAUAUUCUCUAAGAUAAAAAAAAAUAAAAUUCCAGAGCUGGAACUUAUUGAGAUGCUCAUGCAUUUUUACUCUGACAUGGAUAACAUUGUUCUUGAUGUUUAAAGAAGGCAGUAAUUUGUACCUCUCCUAUAAACGCUUUUCAAAAUGCUCCGUGAAAUAAAAAUCUAAUACGACUUAAAUGAGUUGACAUUUCAA